UGAGAGCCGAGCAAUUAAGCUUUAGAGAUGGUAGAGAAGCUGUGAUAAUUGGUGGUAUGGUGUUGGACAUUCAUGCCCUACCUCUCUCUCCUACAGCUCCCGGAACCACAACCCCUGGCAAAGUUCAAUUACAAAUCAAUGGAGCUCCUCAGACUCCAGAUUUGAUUGUGGCAUGGUGUACUGAGUUCAAAAUCACUCCAUAGACUAGGAGCAAAGGAUGCCCUUUCAAUCUUCGUGGACAGCAAUUAGAUAACUUUGUACAUCUUGUUCCAAGACGAAUUCCUCGUUCUAAGUUGCUCAAACUCCUCCCUAAUUCCUGGUUGACUAACAUGGAAAAACUCCAUCGAAAUGUUCAGCCUAUGCAAUCUUCAAAGUCAAAAUUCACCAAGAAAAAGGACGGCAAUGAGGUCAUCAAAUUUGAUCACUCAAGAGAAAAGGAAGAAGGCUUUUCUUCUUCAAUUUUUCCAAUACUUUUGAUGAUGCAACUGUACAUAAAAGAACAUGAAGGUGAAGGAGAAAGACUUGGAAUAGAGUCUUUCAACUCUAAAGGACAACCCCAUUGCUGCUGGGAUCUAGAUUGCCAUUGCAAGAACUGCCAUACCCCUCCACAAGAUGAAGAUGACAGGUGGCCUUAGAGGAGAAAGAAGAAGCGUAGCUCAUCUGAGCAUGAAAUUUUUCAUAGAUGGAAAGGUGGAGAUCCAACCAUUGACCCCUUGGUGAAGAUAGUGGUUCACUAUGUUUUAGGAGGUGUAGCAAGGAAUAUUGCUGAUUGCAUGUCGAAGCUGGGAGGAAAGCCCUUCUUUAUCAGUGCUGUGGGCCAUGACAUGGCAGGGAAUCGCUUAUUGGAGCAUUGGAGAUCUACUGGGUGUCCUAUUGAAGGUAUCCUUCAAACCCAAGAUAUUACAACUGCUGUGGUCUGCUGUGUACUUGAUCCAAAUGGUGAGGUAGCUGCUGGUGUUGCAAGCUUUGAGUCAAUUGAGAAAUUUCUCACUGCUGAGUGGAUUCAACAAUUUAGAUACAAGAUAUCUUCUGCCCCAGUAGUGAUGGUUGAUGCUAACCUGAACGAUCGUGCUCUUGAAGCUUCUUGUCGAUUGGCUGCAGGAGAUAAUAUUCCUCUGUGGUUUGAACCAGUAUCAGUUGCCAAAUCCAAAAAAAUUGCUCCUCUUGUGAAGUAUGUAACUUAUGUAUCUCCAAAUGAAGAUGAGCUCUUUGCAAUGGCAGAUGCUCUAUCCCCUGGAAAGUUAUAUUGUUUGAGCAAAAGGUAUAAGAGCCAAAAGAACUGUCCUCCAGAAUCGCUCAUCAAAAUGCUAAAACCCGCAAUAAUUCUUUUGCUUGAGAAGGGCGUAAAAAUUGUAGUUGUAACCAUAGGCGCACAAGGAGUAUUUCUAUGCUCUAAAGAGGGGUCUAUUUUGACGAGAACUGUUGUGGAGAAACCCCAACCACUUGGUGUAAGUUCAGAACUGCACAGACUGAUCUCACCUAAUUGCCCUUCACAUAAGUUUCAUGAUGUCAGACAGAUCGAGGGAACCUCCCAUCUCUUUGCUUUGCAGCUUCCUGGCCUUCCUGCAUCUGUUAAGAAGCUUACUGGGGCUGGCGAUUGUUUGGUGGGUGCUACACUUGCAUCAAUGUGUGAAGGUUUGAACAUUAUACAAGCCAUCUCAGUUGGUAUUGCAGCAGCAAAAGCCACUGUCGAGGCAGAUUCAAAUGUACCCUUGACGUUUGAUUUAAUUGGAGUUGCAGGUCGGUUUACUUGGCUGCGAAGGUUGUUUAUGAUGGACCAGUGUGAACUGCUGCCAGCUUCGAGAUGAUGAUGAUUGUCAAGUAACUGGUGCAGAAUUGGACUCAAGACUGCUCUGUCGUUUGACUUCUUUUGCUUUUGGACUUUCGUUUGGUACAUUGGUGGUGUAGAAUAUAUACUCUACAAGUAGAGUUGAGAUACUGACACAUGUACAGUGUUCAGUUUUUGUUACUGCAUCAGUUCCAUCAGUAGAUGAAUCCUUCCAAUCAAGAUGUGUCUCUAAAACAUUUGACAGUUUCAAUAAAUUCUCUACUCAUUUGAAUUUCUUCUUCUAGCA